GAGGCCGGCCACAGCAGCUCGUGUUUAAGCAAGACCUGAAAGCUGAUCCUUUUGACUUUUUUUUUUUCUAAAUUACAAUUAUUUUAAAGGGCUGUGGACUACCAGGAUGCCCGCGGAGCUGAAUAGCAGUGCGCGCCGCUCGGGGGUCGCAGCGCUCUGUGGGCAGAUCCCGAUAUCUGUGAGGGGCGGAUGGAUUUUUUAAUAUCAGCUGGAUGUUUGCAGACGGGAUUUUGUCAGAUUUUGGUCCCUUGUUGGUCUCGUCUACUACUUUGGCUUUGAAUCCUUUUGUUUUUUCCUGGUUGUCCAUUUUUUACUUCACUUCCCUUUGUUAUAAUAAGAUUUCGACUUUUAAUUUCCUUUUGGAUACUGGACCUGGAAUCCAACGAUGGCUUUCGGUGUCCCUCUCGUGUUGGCACUGCUGUUACUAUUGAACUGUCUGGUUGAAGCUUUAAGCUGCCAGCUGCCACACGACUGGAGACCCCAGACGGAGUCGUGCAGAGCGGAGCUCGCCGAAAUCAUCGUGUUUGCCAAAGUCCUCGCCGUCUACAAGGACUCUUACAGCGUCUACAAUUACCUGCCCUGGCAGGACAACACGGACCUGUUCUUCUCCGCCGAGAUCGAGCUGCUGUGUGACCAGGCGUGGGGCAGCAUGCUGGAGGUGCCCGCCGGCUCGCGCUUCAAUGUCACCGGGCUCGGCUACUUCCCCUGCCACUCGUACACCGUUAUGGAGGGAAACACCUAUUACUUCUUCUUAAGGAUGGAUGAAAAUUACAACCUCGUUCCUCACGGUGUUAACUUCCAGGAUCCCAUCUUCCCCGAUUCACCUGAAAACCAGCGCAUGUUUGCCAGCCUCUUCCAGUUUGCAAACUGCUCCAGUGGCACGCUGGCUCAGGCCUACACCCCAGACUGGGAAGCUCAGGAGGACAGCCGGUUGCUGUGCUCAACUGUACAAAAGGCUUUGUUGGAGGAAGAGGAGCAUGUGAAGACGCUCUUGAAGAAGGUACGUGUACUGGAGAAGGCAAACAACCACCUUAAAAACAAAGUGAGGAAGAUGAAGAGCUUGUUACGACAGGCCAAGAAGGAGAGCAAGCAGGAGGCCCUGCUCCUCAAGAAGCAGCAGCAGCAGCAGAAGGUCAAGGACAAAGCGGCAGCAUCCCACCCAAAGGUGCUCCUCAACAAACCCCCAAAGAAGCUCAACAACAACAACAAACUGAAGAAGUAACUGGGAAUCGGAUGAGCACGGCAGGGACAGCCCCUGGCAUGGACAGAAUGGAGGGCAAGCAAGGAUUUGUGAGCCUCCAAAGUCAGCGAGGCACAGCGAUGCAGAUGUUCUUUACUCCUGUGGACGCCGACUGCGACUCCAACGUUCCUUCUUAAAAGUUCAACACAACAGCAUGCUUUGUAACUUUUACUUUUUCAUUUCAUGGCUGGUCUGCAUCUCUGGACCAGGAUACACUUAAUGAAGCACUUUAAAAAGAUGGAGGGCCUCUGGGAUCAGAAAUGUGGGUGAGGAGAUGCCACCACACAACCACACCACCCUUCUGUGCUGGGCAUAGAGGGGUGGGCCAGGUAGUGGGUUAGCAGUAAGCGCCAUUAGAAGAAAAGAAUGGGAUUGAGUUAUGAAAUAAAGUUUAUCUGGGUGGCACCACAGCUGUGGAGGUAGGACCCCCUAGUCAUUGCUACAUAUUUGCGCAUUCUUCCUGUGCUCACAUACUACAGUGCAUCGAGGAUCGCUGAGUCUGAUUUGUCCGUGGUGUGUGUGGGUAUCCCUUCUCCCUAUUUGGGUCCUACCCUUAUGCUGCCGGGAUAGGCUCCAGCACCUCUUGAUCCUGUCAUGAAAUAAAUGGGCUGUGAGACCAUCUGCUCAGAUCUUUCCCAAUAUCUCUUAACCCAGACAAGCACACCCAGGCUUCUGGAAACUUUGUGGGUUGUGUUAAGGCUUCCAUUCCAAUGAACUUAAAUUUCCAUCAGUCCAAUUUUAUUCACAUAUAAAUUUACAACAUUAAUGCCAAUAUGCAUUUGAUUAACAAUUCUUGUGAUUCUCUGAGCAGGUUUAAAUUAAACGUAUUAUAAUAACCCAGUUCUUGUACCGCUCAUACAUAUAAGCAAAUGUUUCCUGUCUCUAUGCGUCCAACAAAUGAAACUACAGUUACACAAAAUGAAAUCUUAUCAAAAGAGUUUUUUUUGAACAGCUAAGAAUUACUUGUUCUUUUCAACUUGACUUUGUUCAUUUGACCCCCAGCGCCAACGUUUUUUAGCAGCUCAUCGUCUGCACCUGGCAGACACCAUUCAUCGGUUCUUUCGAGUUCAGACUGAAUCAUGACCCGCGAACGAGUCGCACCAUUCUCAUUCACUGCCUUCGUAAACAGAAUCAUUAUUUGCAAACGAUUUGCGUAAUUCUUGUUCACUGGAUUCUCAAACUGUAUCAUUACCCGUGAACGAGUCACAAGAUCCUUGUUUAAUUAAUUCCAAAACUGACUCAUUACAUACAAAUUGCAAGAUUUCCCAUUACUUGUUUCUCAGAAUGAAUCAUCACCAGCAAAUGAGUCACAAACUGAACCAUUACAUAGAAUAAGUUGUAAGGAUCACGGUUACUCAAUUCUCAAAUGGAGUUGUUACAUGCACGAUACUGAACGUUAUCCAAUGAGAUUUUUUGAACAUCCAACAAUUACUUGUUCUUUUCAACUUGACCUUGUUCAUUUGACCCCCAGCGCCAACGUUUUUUAGCAGCUCAUCGUCUGCACCUGGCAGACACCAUUCAUCGGUUCUUUCGAGUUCAGACUGAAUCAUUACCCGCGAACGAGUCGCACCAUUCUCAUUCACUGCCUUCGUAAACAGAAUCAUUACUUGCAAACGAUUUGCGUAAUUCUUGUUCACUGGAUUCUCAAACUGUAUCAUUACCCGUGAACGAGUCACAAGAUCCUCGUUUAAUUAAUUCCAAAACUGAAUCAUUACAUACAAGUUGCAAGAUUCCCGAUUACUUGAUUCACAAACUGAAUCAUUACUUGCAACUAAGUCAUAAGGAUCACAGUUACUUGAUUCUAAAAAUGGAAUUGUUACACACACCAUACUGAAUGUUAUCCAAUGAAAUUCUUUGAACUUCAAACAAUUACUUGUUCUUUUUAACUUCACGUUGUUCAUUUGCCCCCCAGCGCCAGCAUUUUUAGCAGCUCAUUGACUGAACCUGGCAGAUACCAUUCACUGAUUCUUUCGACUUCAGACUAAAUCAUUACCCACGAACGAGUCAUAUGAUUCUCAGUCACUGGAUUUUCAACAGCCACAGGUGGAAACAACCGCAAGAUUAAUUUCCAGAGGCAAAACUUCAGGCGUUCACUUUACUCCUUCUGCUUUAUGUAGUCCGAUUACUUUUUUCAAGUAACAAGUAACCUAACCUUAUCCCAGGAGUGCUGUAUGUAGGUGUGACGCACAUGUAGCAGUACGACACUCCCAUUCAGGGCUCAAUCACACAGCCAAGCAGAAAAGAGUGAACUGUGUGCAAUCCAGCAACAGAAACCUAUAAAUAAAGCCUCAAAUUGACCAAUAAAUAUUCAACACAAGAAAAUGAUCCCAGACGCCACGCUUAUUUUCAAAUUCAUGUGGUCGUGGGGAGUUUUAACUCCAUUUUGCACAAUUUAAUGACGUUGGAUUGUUUUGCCAAAGGAGAAUUCCAGAAGGUUACCUGUACAUGUAAACACAGAUUAUUAAGAAACCUGGUCUCUGUCUUAAAUCGGAUUAUUCACCGUGACUAGAUCAUGUGAGUGCAUGUAAACACAAUGAGUGAAGUGAAUCGUAAUGCCAACCACUACAAAUCACAGAAAACGCUGCAUUGUUGUUACCUAGCAACUGCCUCUUUCCCGUUUCCCGAUUUCUGCAGAUGAGCGUGACAAUACACUCGUUUUGAGCUUCUGGGAUGGAGUGUACCGAGUAUCGUUUCUAUCUCUGCAUUUUCAGAGUGGCAAUCACCAAGAAUUUAAUUGUCAUUGGAGAAAAGUGGGCAUUGGACUACCAGAGCAACCGUAACAUACGUCUCAAUGAAAUGUCUACACAGGACUUUUAACUUUAACGAAACAAUAAAUGACAAGGAGCAACACACACACAACGAGCAGAGGAAGUGCUUCCAGCCAGGCCUAAACACCUCUCUUCAGUGUCAGCGGUGUGAUCCUUUUCUAAAAACACCAUUUGUUUUGCAAAGGUUUAUGGGAUGUGAAACUCCUACGUCUUUCUGCAAAUUAGAUUUCAUUUUGAAUCGCAGGCUCAUCGGUAACUUCCAUUUCUACAACAUUAUCAUCUGUAUUUUGUUUUUUUGGUAUUUGGUAGACUUUUUUAAUCUCCAAAGGGAAAUUGUCUUAUUGCAUAAGCACAGGGUCAGCCAUUGCACGGUACCACUGGAGUAAUUGUCAGGUCAAGGGCCUUAGAAACAUGCAGCCGAACUCACCUUGAAUGAGACACCAAGUCGUCCAAGCGUCUUAAUGACAGGUCUUCAUUUGCUUAUUCCAAUUAAACACGUGUCGGACGUGACAAGCAAAUCAGAUAAACGUGUGAGGCUGGCACAAGGUGCUCCCUGACGUGACCAGCCGAUGUCUUUUUAACAUUUUCUACAGCUCUCUGGGUAAAGAAUCUGUUCUUGUUUUGCGAGUUCCCCUGAACCAACUUCCACAUGGACCCUCGAGUACUUACGGACAUUCCUAUUGUAAGUUACCAGCUGAUUUGCACCAUGCACAUUGCUUUGUUAUACUAAUUUUAAAGUCUUCCAUCAUGUAUUUCUAUAAACAUGCUCCUGUAUCCUUUAUAACCACCCAUAUUGCUUCUGGACCAUCUCAACACCUCAUGUUUAUUUCUUUCCAUUUAUGUCAAAUUUGUUCCUUUUGUAAUAAAUGCAAUUACUUUAA